GUCUGAACUUGCUGAUCCUGCACUUCUGUUGCGCCCUACGGGACAGAUUGGCCAAGAGAGAGAAGAAAACUGCAGUCCAGGAUGGCGCUGCCGGUCUGUCUAAAGUCACUCCGCUGGUUCCGGCCGAGCUCCGACUUCGAGAGGGAGGCGCAUGACCCCUGCAUACCAGGCCUCCAAGGGUCCCAGGCUUGAGGGCCUGUCGGCCCCCACCCCCUUGGAAAGGCCAGGAGAGGAGCCUGUGCUGGUCGUGAGCCUCCACCUGUGCCCUUGACUGCAACACCCUAGUGCCCCCCACCACCCCAGCUCAAUCAUGGCGAAGCUGGAGACACUGCCUGUGCGAGCUGACUCGGGGCGGGAUCCCCUCCUGGCCUUUGCCCCACGGCCCUCUGAGCUCGGACCCCCAGAUCCUCGUCUGGCCAUGGGCAGUGUGGGCAGUGGAGUUGCCCAUGCCCAGGAGUUCGCCAUGAAGAGCGUGGGCACCCGCACAGGGGGUGGGGGCAGCCAGGGCCCUCGAGCUGGUGGCGGUGGGGCCAGCAGGGAGAGGCCAGGCCGCUACCCGUCUGAGGACAAGGCUCUCGCCAACUCCCUCUACCUCAACGGUGAGCUGCGGGGCAGUGACCACACGGAUGUCUGUGGCAAUGUGGUGGGCGGCAGUGGUGGCAGCAGCAGUAGCGGCGGCAGUGACAAGGCCCCACCACAGUAUCGUGAGCCCAGCCACCCACCUAAGCUCCUGGCCACCUCUGGCAAGCUCGACCAGUGCUCAGAGCCGCUAGUUCGGCCUUCAGCCUUCAAGCCUGUUGUACCCAAGAACUUCCACUCCAUGCAGAACUUGUGUCCUCCACAGACCAGCGGGACCCCUGAGGGACGACAGGGCCCUGGGGGCCUCAAGGGUGGACUGGACAAGUCUCGGACCAUGACCCCAGCGGGCGGGGGUGGGGGCAGCCUCUCAGACUCAGGCCGGAACUCACUCACAAGCCUGCCCACCUACAGCUCUAACUACAGCCAGCACGUGGCGCCCCUCAGUGCCUCCACCAGCCACAUUAACCGCAUUGGCACUGCCGGCUAUGGUAGUGGCAGUGGCAGUGGCACUGGCAGUAGCGGUGGGGGGUCGGGCUACCAGGACCUGGCCACCUCUGACAGUGGGCGGGCCUCUAGCAAGAGCGGGUCCUCCUCCUCCAUGGGGCGGUCCGGCCACCUGGGAUCGGGAGAGGGCGGAGGUGGAGGCCUGCCGUUUUCGGCCUGCUCACCACCCUCGCCCAGUGCUCUGAUCCAGGAUCUAGAGGAGCGGCUGUGGGAGAAAGAGCAGGAGGUGGCCGCCCUGCGCAGGAGCCUGGAGCAGAGCGAGGUGGCGGUGGCCCAGGUCCUGGAGGAGCGGCAGAAAGUGGCCCCCAGUGCCCAGCGUGCUCAGCAGGGCCUACAGCUGCAAGUGUUGCGGCUGCAGCAGGACAAGAAGCAGCUGCAGGAGGAGGCAGCCCGCCUGAUGCGACAGCGGGAAGAGCUCGAGGACAAGGUGGCCGCCUGCCAGAAGGAGCAGGCCGACUUCCUGCCCCGGAUGGAGGAAACGAAGUGGGAGGUGUGCCAGAAAGCCGGGGAGAUCUCCCUCCUGAAGCAGCAGCUGAAGGACUCGCAGGCGGAUGUGUCCCAGAAGCUGAGUGAGAUUGUGGGGCUGCGCUCCCAGCUGCGGGAGGGCCGGGCCUCGCUGCGGGAGAAGGAGGAGCAGCUGCUCAGCCUGAGGGACUCCUUCGGCAGCAAGCAGGCCAGCCUGGAGCUGGCCGAGGGUGAGCUGCCCACCGCCUGCCUCCAGCCGGCCCCGCCGGAGCGCCGUGUGUGGCUGGAGGAGAAGGAGAAGGUCAUCGAGUACCAGAAGCAGCUGCAGCUGAGCUAUGUGGAGAUGUACCAGCGCAACCAGCAGCUGGAGCGGCGGCUGCGUGAACGUGGGGCCGCAGGGGGUGCCAGCACACCCACCCCCCAACAUGGCGAGGAGAAGAAAGCCUGGACCCCUUCCCGCCUUGAGCGCAUCGAGUCCACAGAAAUCUGAUCCCUGAUCUCGGCAUGGGACUUUUGACAAAUACCCUGUCAAAGGCCAGAGUCCCCCAUGUCCCCUCCCACCAUCUCUCCUCCCCAGGUUCCCCAUAUCCCCAGACCAAAGAGGUUCUCAAAGCAGCUGUGACCAGGUCCCUUCCCUUCCUGCACUGAGUGCCCUUCUAGCUCUACUACUGCCCCUCUGGGCAACCCACUGGGCCCUCCUCCAAGGAGGGAACAGGGAGAGGGCAGAGCGAGCGGGGACUAGGGGCCCAGGCUCCCUUUGUUGGCACUCCCUUGUUGGAGAUGGAGGUGGCAGGCCUGUAGUGCCAUGAGGUGCCCCAGCCCCUCACUGGGUCUGGGCUGCUACUGUUGGCUACUCUGUGUCCAGUAAUGUUCUCUGUGCUCACCUCCUAGGCCAUGUAACCUGAGGGGGUCUGCUGAAACUGAUAGACCUUGGGCUCCUGGCCUCUCUCCUUCUUGCACUGUUCUCCCUUCCUGGGCAGAUUGGCAGGACAAGUGGGAGCAGAUGGCCUGCCUGUGGUUGAGAGGGCUACCUGCCCAGCCCCUCCCCACCAAGGUCUCUAGGGUUCAGGCCUCAGAGCCUGGCUUGGUCUGAGUGUGUGUCCAUAAGUGUGUAUUGAGGGAGGGAAGGGCUGGGGCUGGAGGCUCAGUGUCCAGGAAAGAUUUGCCCUCCUGUUCCUGGAAGUGUCACCUGGAGGCUUCUAAGCUCUCCCUCCCCACACCCCUCCCUGACCACGAUCCAAGGGCAAUAGCCUCAUCUGCUUGGCCUGCCCACACACAGGGCCACUGUCUGGUUCUAACUACAGCUAUUAAGUGCUACCUGCCUCUCAGGCACUCCCCUCACCCGUACUGAGGUCAUGAGUGUCUGUGAUGUCUUCCCCACUCCAUUCCCCCAGCCUCCUUCUGCUUUCAGCUCAGAACAUCAUUGUCACCUCUUCCCUCAAAACUCACCUUUUCUUCCAGUAGAAAUUUCUGCUUGAUACCUGGUGCAUUCACUGCCCACUUCCAAGCUCCACUGGGCCCAAACCUGAGCCUGAGGCCCUUGUUUUGGGGGGUGGUUGUGAUUGCCCUUGAAAGACAAGGCUGACCUUUGGGUCCCCAGGGCCCUGAGGUAGCCCAGGAAAGGCCUGACCUGGCCAUCAGUGGGGUUGGGGCAUCUAAUGUGACUUCCUCCUGUAUGGGCCCUCUCAGAGUCCAUCUCCCCAAGGUAGGAAGGGAAAGGCAAAUUUCUAAUUCACCAGCAAUAAAAAUUGGAGGAGGCUUGGCCCUUAGCCCUUGUAUUUCUCUUUUCACUCUCUCCCUCCCACCCCCAAGACUAGGUUUGGGGACUGGGUGGAGAGAGCUGGCAACUACUGUGAGCAAGUCCUCUAACCCCUGACCAGCCUCCUCCCAUGACUGGUGACUGUUUAACAAGCUGUGCAGCCCCCAUGAAAACAGGAGUGCCUCUCUGGCCUCUAUCUCUUUGCACAGCCCCUUCCUGUGGCCCUCACCAGAUCUCUGAACUGGGUUUGGGGGGGGCCAUGCUGGCAAUCACUGCCGAUUCCACUCACCCCUCAGUGGACCUGUCCCAGAAUCUGGGCCUGGGCCAGAGGGGCAGGGGGAAGAGAAGGCAUUAGUAGAAAAAAAAAAAAAUAUUAACAGACUCAGCUUUGGGACUUCCAACCACAAAAGAAA